CUUUUUCUUCAUCGGCUCGGACGCCUGAGCACUGCACUUUAUCGCCCUUAGGCACUAGCAUUUGAACUUGACAAAAAUAAAUAUCAUCCUCUUUGGUUGAGUGCAGAGUUGAAUAUUAGCACAGUAUUGAAUUCUUUCGAGAAGUGACAAGUAAGACCGACAUCAAUAGGGCCAUCGACAGUGUCGUCUUUCGGAAUCUUUAACAAUGGCGCCCCAAAGUAGAAUCAGCGGAAGGAUAGAGGAUCCUUUGCUCUCGUUUGACAAAACGGAGUUACCAGAGGAAAAAACGAGCGGAGCGACUUCUAACAAGACGAGUGCGGCAAGGACUCCGGAUAACUUAGUGUCGGCGGACGUUUCGUCUGCGACCGCUGGUCCUACCCCCGCUCGGUCUUUGCUUUUCAUGAAGCUGUUCUUCACCGCACCACCGUUGUUUCUCCUUGCUCUCGGCUUUUAUCGCGGCGUCGCGCGGCAUAAUCCGUACGUCCAGUAUGCUGUGCUGGUCGCCAGUGAAAGUGUUUUUGGCGGUAAAAAAAAUCAUGGUAGCUCGUCCUUAGCAGCCGACGUCGUUGUAACGCCACCAGGACGAGACGACGGGGAGACCACCGUGUCCGUUGCUGUGGCGAGGAAGCCCCACGCUCAGCAAGUGUUAGACGCAGAAACAGUGCGUUCUCUUGUCGGAAAAACGAAGGAAAGAAGUACUACUACAGCAAACGCUGGCGCUAGAUCACCAGCCCCCGCAGGGCACCAGCAGCAAGAAGACGCAGCUAACCUCCAGGAGUUGUACGUGUGUCAGCUCUAUUCACCGCAAAUUACAUGCCUGGGUCUGGAAAUAGUUUGUGAUGUCCGCGCUCCCCGUGAGAAACUAAUAAGACGACUUAAUUUAUUAGUUUGCAUGAAAAUUUUUUGAAACCCAGGUCUCAGCACCGCACAACUCGCUUGAGAAAAAAUCACGUCUUUGCAUGACCAACUAAAUAAUUUACCCGGCGUUAACUCAUCCGCUGCUCGUGCUUCAUUCGAGACGCCCCAACAAGAGACGUGUGCUCCACAUUCUCCCAAAGCAAGUCAUAUUUGCGGUGGAUAAAGAGUUGGUCAACCACACACUCGGCGUGCUGUCUGCGAGCAACACCGGGCAAAUAAAUCACGACUUCUUCAAAGGUUCCGACCUCAGGGAGCUGUACAACCUGCGGCUUGAUAGUCAUGUCGACACGGGCAAAAAAAUUCUCCUACAGGGUGACCACGUCACCAAGGUGUUUUCCACAAGGAGCAGCAAGUUCGAUCCUGACGACAAGACGUCUGUUAUUACCCAUGGCGAGACGUCAAUCGAGGAAACUUCUGCAAGUGCAACACCGAGCGCGGCGGCUGCUGCGCAAAAACUGGCGUCGCGAAAAAAUAACGCAACAACCACCUACACGUCGCCGACGCCGUUUGUUCCUUUCGGGGACUGGAUCUUUGAUCUGCAGAAACUUCGCGAGGAAAUUCAAGCAAACAAGGACCGUUUCGUAUCAAAGUGAAAAAAGCCCCCACCCCAUAUCGGAAACGGAAGAUACGCGAAUUUGUGAUGCUGUAUUUGAGUACACAAAUGGACUUGCAUUGCUAGAGGGCCAAGAGACUAAGCUGCGGCCUAAAUUGCAAGUAAUCUGUCAUGCUGUUUCCCACUUCCAGUUGCCUCCUGUCAUCCUGGAGCUGCAAGGCUUUCCCACGCUAGACAGCACUACAGUCCGCAUCUUUUGCCUUCUAGCAUCACAAAGCUGAUUUGUGACCCCAAAUCUGCAUCACAGAUUUCCGUCUUGAUAUGGGGAGGGGGGAUUUUUCCUCUCAAUAUUUCGUCGUUGUCCACGAUUUUUUGUCGCCGGAGUUUCUCGCCCGAGUAUUCUAUUUAAAAACGUCCCCACCCCAUAGUUGUAAUGCAAAUCUGCAUGCUGAAAAUGUUUCUCAUGCGGAGCCCCAUGAGAAGCAUUUUCCAAUCGUGUUUUGCAAUUUGUCGUGCUCCAAUCAGCAUGGUAUGCUAGAUCUGUAAUGCUGCUGAGCUACCUCAAACAGCACUACACUACGAGUCCAAAUUUGUCAUGCAAAACAGACAAGACUUGUGGACUUCUCUAGCCGAUUGCCCAUCUUGACUCUGGUGUGGGUACGUUUUUACUCAGGAUACCGAGUGACUGCCGCGUAUCCCGAGGUUGUAGUCAACGAAGUGUUGGACGGGGAAAAAAUGAAAAAUGACAAAAGCAGCCCCAAGCUCAAAAGCGAAUCUGUGUCUGGUGCACAAAACAUAGGAACGGAAAUGAACAACACUACAACAGAAGAACUAGUGCCAUCAGAAGCUGCUGAGUCCAUAUCCAGGAAAAAAACUGUGUCAGUGUAACUUUUUUCGGACGAACAGCAUCACAAAUGAAUAUCGGACGAACAGCAUCACAAAUGAAUUAUGGUAAAAAUAUCGGCGCGGUUCUUUUAGAAUCACAAAUGAAUAAAUAUACCUGGCAUGAUUGAGGACAGCAAAAUAAAGUUGCCAUACGAAGCAAGUACUGGGUGGAGAGUUGUACGUGAUAACACGACACAUCAGAUACGAAACUUGCCUGCGACAACGCAUGUCAAGCAUGACAACAAGGUUCACAACUGUUUUGCGGCGUCUGUACUUGUUCUGCAAAGUUACGCACAGAAGUUUUUGUCUUGCAUAGUCUAACUGGUUCAUGUACAGCAACCCGUUGGAGGUCAAGUACUUGAACGAUCACUUCGAGCGGUACCAAGCCGACCUGAAACGGUAUUUUCACCUUUUAUCCCACCCGGUCGUUGCCCAUGUGUUCACGAAGCUCUUCGACUUUUCGGAAGCACUUCACUACGAUCCAGUGAUCCACGGUGGGGGAUUGCACGCGAUGCCACGGGUAUCGCCAGAAAGAACUGUUUCACUGUAAACUUGUAAUGCAGAAAAUGUAUUUCACAAGUGUUUGUCUUGCUAAACAUGCAAGACAGUGGAGUUUUAGCUGUGUUUUCCCUUAGGAACCUUGCAUGGCAAAUUUUCUUUGUCAUGUAGAGCAAACUUGUGAUGCAAAACCUGCAAAAUCCUUGCAGUGAGACACUUUUUUCGUACGAUAACGGGGUGGCCGGCUGAACAUGCACCUGGAUUACGAAAAGCACCCCUUUCUGAAAAACAAGCAGCGGCGAUUGAAUGUGAUUUUCUUCCUCAAUGACGAGUGGCGGGUAUCCGAUUGCACAUCAGAACCCGCAUCCCCCAUCAUUUGUUGAGUAUCUAUGCAUUAGAAUAGCAUGAAAUUGUUCAUGCGUAACGAUCGAAGCUUAAGCUUUCACUUUAAUUAUUACCAGAAAUUUAGCGCAUGUGGCAAGAAACACAAGAAAGGAAUUUAUUAUCCACGUGCUUGUCCUCGUUAGAGACUCCGGCCCGUGGUUUUUACUAGGCUUCUGCACCUUGUCAAAUGCAGUGUGCUGCAGUUAGAGAGCAAUAAGGACAACGGGAGUCCGAAUGAUGGAGGGGAGGCAGAGUUGUGCACUCUCAUAGCGUGAGGAAUGGAACGGAGACGUCCAAUUGUGGUCGUCGAAGAGGACAGGAAGUGGCACCCCGGCAGGUGGAGGUGACGCGGCCGAAAAUAAAGUGGAAGACGGCACAACAACCAUCGGCGUUGGUGUAGUCGAAGCGCAUGGGAAAAAUCAGGAAGCCGGAGAGGUUGCUGAGGGUACAAAUAAAAUGUUGUCCGAAGCAGGGCCGGAUGAGGUAACCGGAACAAGAAGUCGAAGCGCUUCUUUAUCAUCGCGUACUACUAGUACUAUCAAAAAUAUAAGUAACCCGAUGGACAUAUCCUGAGUAAAAACGUACCCACACCAGAGUCACCACGGGGAUUUUGCAACACAAGCCUAGGAGUUUUGUGAGUCACGCAUGACAAGUUGCACUCUGCAGUGUAGUGCAGGUUAGCAAGUGCAGCCGCAUCACAGAUUCAUCUGCUCAUCCUGUUCACAGCAUCACAAAUUCCAAAACACGAUUGGAAAUGGCUCUCAUGCGGAUGCGCAUUACAAGUCUUCCUGUCUUUGCAAAUCUGCAUCACAACUCUGGCGUGGGUACGUUUUUACUCAGGAUAGGACAAGAUGCUGACCCGGCACUACCCG